AUGUACCAACGAGGUUACGGACAACCACCGCCCGUUCCGAGUCCGCAACGAGGCGGCUCGGAGUAUUCGGAUUACGUUAAUGGUAGCGGAAGGUCACAAGGCUCCUUGAGUCCGCAACAAUUCAUCGGUGCUGGGAAUGUCAACAUUUACGCCCUCUCCCACCCGCGAAAUCACGCUCAGCAACAGCAAUUGCAGCAGAGCAUGGGAAUGCCAUCUCGUAUGGCCAUGGCCCCCAAACACCAACACAUCCAAUACACCUCCACCCCCACCCCCUCCGACAUGCGUCCAAUGACAACAGCCUCAGCCCACUCCAACGGAACCGUGACAACCACCGCCUCCACCUCCCGCCGCGGCGGUACAAUGGGCAGCCUCAACCCCCUAAAGGCCUUCCGCCGCGCAACCAACGGCUCCAAUUUCGGACCAGAUGCGGAGGUAGAGCCGAGUCCGCCGAGUACUGGGUAUAGCAUUCAGCAGGGAGGCUAUUCGGCGGUCAGCCCGGGAGCGCUGAGGGAGCAGAAGACCAGGGUUGGGAAUAGGUAUAUUGCGAUUAAUACGGGGUAUGGCGGUGGGCAUGGCGGGGGUGAGAGGGGGUGUGAUUCGCCGACGAUGCCGAGUAUGAGUUUGAGGCAUCAGGUUCAGGGUAGCUAUGGUCACGGCGGCGGAGGAGGGUAUGCGCGUGGACCUAGUCGUCAAAGCGAUGUCGACUCUAUCUUGGGUUCGGAGUCGUACUAUGGGUCUAGGGAUGCGAGAGGGUAUGAGGCAUCUCUUGCAACGAGGGAUGCGUUGUUGGAUGAGCAUGGGCAUAGUGAGUGUGGAGCGUUUGGGGAGGAAGAGGAGACUUUUGCGCAUGGGAAUGAGGAUGGAGGGGAGAGUAGGAGUGUUCAGUUGGAUGUUGAGGAGUAUGUCGGGAGUAUGGUACCUUCUCUCUCCGGUGUCGGUACCUCCAUCUAUGGUCAUGGCCACCAGCACCAACACGGGCAAGUGGGAAGUUCGGCCUUUUCGGUGAGGAGUGGACCGAGGCGACGCGAGAGUUUUCAUUCGGGCAUGACGACGUCGACGCAGCGCUCGAGGGAUGCGAGGGAGGAGAGGUUACAGAGGAAUUUGAUUGAUGAUCUGUAUACGCCGGAGGAGGAGGAGGAGGUUUUCGUUACGGGGUGUGCGGAUGAGAAUGAUCUCAUUGAUGCUGUCGAAACAUUCACGUCCAAUGCGAAUGAGGCGCAGGACGAGGGUCUCGACCCUGGGAUUUUCUCGCAUAUCGUCCUGAGUCAACCUGAUGUCGGACAUGGGCACGGCUCGGUGUCGAGUAAGGCGGGAAGUGUGCAUGGGAGCGUGAUGUCCGACGACUCCUCCCCCAUCGUCUUCGGAAUCGCACCCGUGAGUAUCCGCGCCUCCCCGCAUCUGAGGGCACAGCAGAGUAUGGAGAGUGUCUCCACCCGUCGCUCAGACCUAGCACCCUCCAUCAUCUCUGCCCGUCAAGUCCAGGUCCAGAGAGCGGCUCCACUUCCCACGCCGCCCCUCUCCACCCACGCACAAGAGGUGGCCAUGGGUUCUGGGAAGACGGGUGCACGCGGUUUGGUUAUUGGCGGGCAUGGACAGAUGCAGAAGCCGAGGAGGGAUGCGUCUGAGGGGAGUCCCGUGUUGUCGCCUGCUUUGUCGUCUGUAUCGGGGAUGAGUGGACAUAGCCAGAUGGGGUCUUCGGUUGGGCGUGUGAUGGGGAGAACUGCUGGGCAUGCGCCGACGUCGCCGGCUAGGGUUGCGCCGAAAGCCCCUGCUCCGGUUUUGUCGCAGCCUCCUAUGCCGUUCGUGCCGCCGAGGCCGCCAAAUGAUACCGGUGCGGCUGUGAAGAGUGCUCAGGUAUCGAAUUUGAAUUCGUUGAAGACACCGCCGCACCCGCAGACGCCUGGGUCGAGGAUGCGUCGUCCCUCCAAAGCGGAGUUAUCGCCUUCCACGCCUGUCCACCCGCCUCCGCCUAAGCGUGCGCCGCCGAAGGUUACGUUGAUUACGCAUGAGGCGUUUGAGAAGAGGGGUCUGCCGAAGUAUAAACAGCAAUCUGGGUCGGUGCGCGACAAGAGUUCGGGUUCAAAGAGGGGCAAGACGAACGCAGAUGAGGAUAGGAAGUUAGAGGAGGCGUUGAGGUUGUUGUCUGACGACGUGGAGGGGUUGACUGCGAAGAAAAACUCCCCCAAGAGCAAGAAAGCUGCUCCCGCCGAAGAUGAGGGUGACGAUUCGGAUAUGGUCGUUAACCCAACCAGCGGCGAAGAAGGCGACGACGACACCACAGACGAGACCAAGGAGAAGGAGAUUAGGAGCGCGGUCGUUAUGAUUGAGGAGACGGAGUGGGAUGGGAAGGCGUUUGGGGGCGAGGUGUGUCUUAUGCCGGGUUUGAGUGCGGCGGAGUUGUUGAAUAGUAUGCCUGAGCCGCCGUCGUCACCUGAGGCCGUUGUUGCUCCGGCUCCGGCUGCAGCUGCAGCUGCUGAGAAGGAGAAGGCGGAGGUGGUGGCCAGGGAGGUGAGUCCGAAGGUUGUGAAGGAUGCGGGGAUGCCGCCGAGGAGCACGACGCCAGUGCCGCCGUUACCGAAGUUGCCUGUGCCGUCUACACCGAAACAUAACCUGCCUACUCCGGCGAUGUCGCCAAUCGCACCUACCAACACCGCAGCAGCUCCUUCCUCGCCCGCGACGCUCGCACCUCCAGCGACAGCAGGCCUCCUCCCUCCGCCUACCGCUGCUGCCCCGCCGCCUACUGCAACCGCACUCUCUCUCCCAGCCGGAGCAGCCGCUAUAGCGAGUGCGCUCGGUCAACCGCAGGGCGAUAAUAUGGAGUCAAGGAUGAAGGCGCUUGAGGAGAGGAAUUGGAUCUUGGAGCAGGCGUUGAAAUUGUUGAUGACCAACGGGCAGGGGGUGCCUGGGAUGCCUCAGCAGGGUGGUGCGUUUGCUUCUGGAGGACAGUAA